AGAUCUUAAAUUUCACAUUCCAAAAACCAUAUCUCACCCUCAACUUUAAACCCUAAGUCUAGAUUAGUUAAUUCUAGGAGUAUAAGUGUCUUUUACUCUUGAAGAGUAAAACUGCGGAUAAAAGUGAUUAGUGUAAAUAUGAAAAGUAGUACUAUGAAUGUGAUAUUUGUGGCGAUCGGUUUUAGCGGUUUAAGUCAUAUCUAGGUUUUAACUUAAACCAUACUCGGUUACAUAGAUGAUUCAUAGCUAAACUGGUCGGACCGGUUGGUAAGCUUUUGAAAACCCUUCAUGAAAAUGAUUAGUUUUGAAUUUCUGGACAUCAAACUUUUUAAAACAUUAGGGGAAAUUUCGGUAAGGUGUAAUUUUAAUUUCUAAAACUACAUAAAAUAGAAAUGCUUAACAAUUAUCAAAUCUGUUUUAUUAAAUAAUAUAUGGAUAAAGAAGUUUUUCAUCUAACAAGGUCUGACAAAAUUAAAACAGCAAGCAAAUCGUGCCAACAUUAACAGUAUCCAGUAGGUAGGCGCAAUUAAAAGCACUAGACUAAAUAUCAGAUGUUUUAGAUUCUCAAUGAAGCCAAAGAUUUUGGCUUCUUUGGUAAGCCAAGUUGUUCUUUUAUCAUAAUCUUCGCUGUUUCUCCACGUACAUUGAUUAAAGUGUUAACACUUUCUUCAUAACACUGGAACUAGCCAUGGCCACAUUAAAAGCAGCUAUAACGUUUCUAAAAGCUAACAUUCGUGGCUUAAUAUGCGCGUCUCAGCGUCCACCCCGUUUGUCUCAUCAUCCGCCGGAUCUCGUCCGUUGGAUCGAGAGAGAAGGCGGCUUCGUUCACCACGCCGUGAAGCUGUCUCAGGAUACUCCAUUUGGCUUCGGUCUCAUCUCCACCGAACAAAUCCCUCAAGGCACAGACCUAAUCACUCUCCCUCCUCACGUUCCCUUACGCUUCGAAUCAGAUGAUGCUCCACCGUCUCCUCUCCUUGCCGCUUUAUCCCGUCGAGUUCCCGAGGAGUUGUGGGCAAUGAAACUGGGACUGAGACUAUUGCAAGAAAGAGCCAAUGCUGAUUCUUUCUGGUGGCCUUACAUUAGCAAUCUUCCUGUGACUUACACCGUUCCCAUAUUCUUUCACCCAGAAGACAUCGAGAACUUGCCGCUUAAACCUUUUCAAUACCAGUUUGAUGAAAGAUGCCGUUUUCUUCUUCAUUUCGAGGAAGAGGUUAGAGAGACUCUCGAAGGUGUUCAGGCUAGUGAUCACCCUUUUAGAGGUCAAGAUGUGAAUGCAUCGGACCUUCGUUGGGCCUUGUCGGCUGUUUCGACUAGAGCGUUUCGUUUACAUGGUAAUAGAAAGGUGGUUCAAGGUGGGUCUUCUGAUCAUGUUCCCAUGAUGCUUCCUUUAAUAGAUAUGUGCAACCACAGCUUCUCGCCCAAUGUCAAGAUCAUUCAGGACCAGGACGAUGGUUCUGACUCAAACACUCUUGUUAAGGUUGUUGCAGAGACUCAAGUUAAAGAAAACGAUCAGUUGCUACUCAAUUAUGGUUGCCUGUUGGACUAUGGAUUUGUGGUUGAAUCAAACCCAUACGACACCAUUGAGCUUAACUACGAUGAAGGGCUCUUGGACGCUGCAAGCUUGGCGGUUGGUUUUGCUUCCGGAAAAUUCUCUUCACCAGCUCCAUGGCAACAUCAGUUGCUUUCCCAAUUGAAUCUAGCUGGCAAAAUGCCAAACCUCAAGGUAACCUUAGGAGGUCAAGAGACAGUAGAUGGACGACUAUUGGCAGCCAUAAGAAUACUGCUUUCCGGUGAACUGGUGGAAGUAGAGAAGCAUGACUUAGAAGCGCUCAAAUCUUUAUCCUCCGUUGCCCCUCUUGGAAUUGCCAACGAGAUUGCCACUUUCCAAACUGUAAUGGUUUUUUGUGUGCUUGCAAACGUUGUAUUGAGUCAACUGGAAGAUCACGAGGCUAUACUGAAACAGGGUGUUUCAGACACAGCAGAACUGAUUAUCAAGUACCGAAUCCAGAAAAAAUCAGUGUUCUCUGGUGUCAUCGAAGACCUCAGAAGAAGGGUUAAGUUACUAUCAGCUCAGGAGACACCUAAUGCUUCGUGAUAAUGAUAAGUUAUCUAGUCUUUUUGCUUGUUUCAAAACCUCUGUUUAAGCUUAUCUGAGCCCUUCUCUAUGAAUUAGUUGUGGUUUAUCCCAGAGAAGGAAAAGAUUUGUUGACA